GUGGUGAUAUUUUUAAGCCCGUCCGGCUGGACCCAAUUGCACAAUUUACUUUUCUAUUCCUAUUGAAAUUUUCCCCUGAAAUGGCUUUACCCCGCCUUCAGUAUCCGGUCACAAGAACCGUGCACAUCGCUAGUCGAUGGUUGCAGUGUAAUUGCAUAGUUUCCCUAUCACUGAUCUGUUGUUUUCUUCUCAACAUUGCUAUCGCGAGUAGUGCUACCGACCAACCCUGCUCCAUAACCAGCUACUAUCGUAAUAAGAAUGACAUUCACUUCGACCCCGUUACGCGUAGCUACUCCAUUGACGUCAACAUUGAUCAGCGGGUCCAGUCUGAAGAAUUCAAGUGUGGCGAGGAGCCAUCGGACAACGAGAACCUCUCCUUUCUCAAGCUACUCACAGAGACAUUCACUCAAGCUUCCAUUGCCAUGCACGAAGCAACUCGCUACAAUGCUCACAUCGGUGAAGUUAGGUUUCUGCUGCCCGAUACAUGGCGAACGGAAAACUUCAGAGAGAAUCAAGACCUACUGGAAUGUCAUAGUAGUAAUCCGGAAAUGUCCUCCAUACGUAUUGUAGAAAAUCCGACGGAGUGCAGUGCCAAAGUGAGAGGAACCGAUUGUUGCGGACUUCCUGCUUCUGGUAAAAUGACACUCGAUUCUGGUGUCUUCUUCCCCUGCAAUAGGGGUACCUGUGACGAUCCAGCGAAGAAGAUUGUUCACGAAUUCGCCCACUUGCACUGGGGAAUCGGUGACGAGUACAAAAGGAGCGAUGCAAGCGUGCCCAAGUGCGCAGAAGGGAGAGAGAACUCCAAGGACGGCAGGGGCGUCUCUAUCAUGGCCUCCUUGAAAGAUCAUGCACAAUUCUUCUGUGAUAACCUAGCCAGAGGAGAGGAUGCAAGCAGCAGUGUCCUGCACAAUUCCAAUGCUGAUACCAAUCACAAUGAACUGUGCCAAGGUAGAAGUGCUUGGGAAGUUCUCCGCCAGCACCAGAACUUCAGCAACUCACACACGAGGAAGCCCAACGCCACACUGGUACCUGUGUUUCGGUACGCCAUCAAAUGCACCGGUGAGCUGAAUGUGUUCGUCAUCGAUGUAACAAAGAAUGCCAGCAUCAAAACGCCAGUCAAAAAGUUCUUAGGACGUACAUCACGACAUGUUGUGGAGUCUUUCAGCAAAUCAACAUCCAACUAUGCCAAUGCAGCCAUCAUCACGUAUGACAGCAGCGGCAAAACUGACACCAUCGCACAGUCACCAAAGAUUGUUGUUGCAAACUUGCAAGGGAAGAUGCAGCUGCUCAACAGCAUGCAUCAGCUCCGACAUGGAGUGAACUCAGUGAAUGCUGCAUCAUUGGAUGCAGCUCUUAAGCUUGCCUCGCGCCUGAUGAAUCAUGUCACAAGGGUGGACAAAGCAAUGUAUGAAUCAUCCACAUCGCAAGCUAUCGUCAUCAGCCAGAAUCCACAGUUGCCCAAGUCAACUCAAUGUCUAAAGAACAUGCAAGUCCUGUUCUUUGGCUCACCUCAACCUAUUGAACAUAGCUAUGCCUGCAAGCAUUCCGGGAUAAGCCAGUCCUGUCACAAGAUCCAUCGCCUGGCACAUUUCGCCAGCUAUUCUUACCAGUGCACAAAAACAGUGUUUGGAGCAUCUACCUAUGUACGUCAUCCACAAGAGACGAGAACAAUCACGGGCAACAUCAAGCUGAAUGCAAUGGCUGGAAGUCCUGCUGUUGCAGGUCGUAUGGACUAUUACAUAACUGUGAAUAUUGUUGCACCUGAUGAUGCGGAAUAUGGUGGAUUCACAUCAAGAUUUCAAUUCCAGUACUUCGAUCCCAAUGAAGCCGGUCGUAAAAUCAACAUGACGAUGAAUGGUCUUUCAAAUUUCCAGACAUGGCGGAAACAGUACGAGGCUUCCAGUACGGUUCGAAUGAUAGGGUUCACCCUGAACAUCACUGCAAGUACACCAGGCAGGUACAGUCUUCUUAUCAACGCUACUCCAAAGUCAGCGGCACCCAGCACGUUGCCACUGGUCCAGGGCGAUAGCUGGUUCAAGACUCUCACGGGCUACAGUGUCACCCACACGCCAUGUGAUUGCCUGAGUCGUUCCCUAUAUUGAUCCAGAUGCACACCUGUCCGUGACAUGUUGAGAAUUAUUAUAGAAGCUAUGAUGGGAUAUAUAUAUUUUUGUAACUGUACUAUUUAUUGAGCACUUUAGGGGAUUCCUCUAACCUGCUUUUGCAAUGGUAUAAUUAUUAUUUUCUUGAGUUGAAUAUUCAUAAGGUUGAGAUUGUUGAAACGGGUUUGAAAUUAUUCUUUCAAAAUCCUGUGCUUCCUCAGCGACAAGAUACUGAUAGCUAUGAACCUGCAAUGAAAAACUGGGAUAUGUGGCAGUACCAGUUCAAGUAUUUGAAGCUCAUAGUUUUUUAUUCGGAUCAAAUAUUUAUUUUAUCAUACUUAGGGUUACCCUUAAUCCUUAUGAUUAUCCCUUUUUUCAAAGUUUUCCCACCUUAUAAUAAAAUUAAUAAUGAUAGUUCACGGUCAAUGCUGAUCAGACAUGAUUAUCUUGUUCCAUGCCAUAAGAUAUUUUCAAUCUAUUCAUGCUGUGUAAUUGUGUAUUCAGUACUUUACACAAAACUGAUUAGUUUACACGUAUAUUUCCAGCAUCUGCUUUGAAAUCCCUUGUGAUCAACUCCACUUGUUCGCAGCUAUACAUGUCAUUUAUUUAGGACUUCAAUCACGUGAUCUCAACUCCUUGAUGCUACAUUAACCCGAUCUCAAGACUGAGUAUUCUAUUCAAAUUAUUCUUGAAUUCUCUUUCCAGAAGCCAGGCAAAUCUUGUCUUCAAAAGUUAUUUCAAUCCCUUGAUGCAAUAUCAUG